AUGUGGAAAGGAGCCGGAAAAUGUGCCGAAAGUGAUGACAGCUUGAUGACAGGAAGGAUAGUGGACGGGGAGUUUCUGGUAUUUUUCCCAGCGGUUGUGCAACCAAACGGCCGCCUGGUAGAGAGUGAAAUGGUUUCAGAGCCUGGAGGAGCCCCGUGUGGGAGCGGUUUGAGGCUGUCCCAGUCCCGGGACCAGCUGACCCCGCCCAGCCAAUCGGUGAGCACCGUGUUCAGCCUCUCCCGGAGCGAGUCCCUGUGGACCGCGGAGGGCCCCCCCGACCGGUGCCAGGUGUUCUGGUUCCCCAUCCACCUGAUGUCCACCGGGGGCAGCUUCCUGGCCUGCGGCCUGGUCAUCAGCGGCCUGUACUUCGCCGGCCACUGCAGGAAGGUAACCAACAUCCUGGGCCCCGCCCUGCUGUCCAUCGGGCUCAUGGUGCUCGUGGUGGGCGUGGUCCUCAUCCCCAUCACCAAGGAGAACAGGAAGAGGUCGGCCAUGAAAAGGCCCCCCAGCUCCCACAGGCCCCCGGUCUAUAACCUGUGA